AUGCCGUUCGAUCUCGUCACGGGGAGAUUCAUCCCGGAGAAGUCCAACAUUUGGCGCGAUUGCGUCGAUGGGUACUACGAUUGGGUGCGCGAACACAUUCACGAGGGGGCGCCGAUCAACGAGUGCGAUCACUGCGGCGAUCCCCCGCUCGUGCUCGCGGCGGGGAACGGGCACACCAAGGUGGUGGAGCUGCUUCUGAGCGAGGGCGCGGACAUUCAGCAAUCCGGGAUGAUGAAGGACUGCGCGCUUCAGCGCGCGGCGCACAAUGGACACUAUCACACGGUGCAGUACUUACUCGAGCAAGGCGCGGACGUGGACGCGCUCGAUCUGGGCGAUAACACGGCGCUGCACUGGGCGGCGAUGCGCGGACACGUGGAAAUCGUCAAUCUCUUAUUGCAAAGUGGCGCGGACAAGAACAUUAAGAAUCAACAAGAAAACUUGCCCAUCGAUCUGUGUAAGGCGGUCUGGAGUAACUCGCACAAGUAUGUCCGCGAACUUCUCGCGCACUGA